GCUGUCCCAGCUCCUGAUCCGCACAGCCCAGGGAAAGGCUGUCCCAGCUCCUCAUCCGCACAGCCCAGGGAAAGGCUGUCCCAGCUCCUCAUCCGCACAGCCCAGGGAAAGGCUGUCCCGCUGGGACAGAUCCCGGCCAUGAUCGCAGUUUUGGUGGUGCUGUCUCAACUGCAUGUGACGGUGCUCGCGUUUCCUCACUGCCCUGAGAGAUUAAAUAACUUGAAGCAACCGGAAUGGAAAGAUGUGUUCACAUCUGCAAGGGAGGCCAAUUUAUUCAUUGGACGACAUCUUCUGAACAACAGAUUUGAUUUUGAAGCAUUCACAGCUGAUAACCUGGAAAGGGAAUGCUAUGAAGAGCUCUGCAAUUAUGAAGAAGCAAGAGAAAUUUUUGAAGACCCUGAUAUAACGACGGAUUUUUGGAAAGACUAUUCAACUAAAGGCCCUAAAAUAAAAAUAGGUGAUGAGGAACUACAGAAGAUUAAUGUCACAGGACUGCUCAUCAGCCUGGUUGCUGCUGGAGUGCUUGUGGUUAUAAUUGCAUUGAUUAUCUUCUACUGCUGCAAGAGCAGAUGCAAAUCAAGGCAACCACCAGGGUACUUGGGUUAUGUGAGGAGCAGAAGAAGGAAUUCAGCCAACAUCUUCAGGAGGCAUGAGGAGUUCUCCAUGAACCCCCUUCCCGUGGGAGCUGAGGACUCGGAGCUGCCCACCUACGAGCAGGCGGUGACCUCCGGUGGCCAGCCCGGCGUGCCCCCACCCCCUUACCCAGGGCCCCCCAGGCAUCCUCGGCUCUUUAGAAAGUCCAUGUCCCUCCCUGGCCCCUAGGCACAAACCUCCCGCUGGGCUCAGGGGGAUUGCUGGAACAUAACAUGCUUUUGAAAAAAGUGCCUGCUUACCUUGCAUAUUGCAAGAUGAUUUACAGAAAUGUGGAAGAUCUGGACAACGAGGAAGGAGUGAAGUUCCCGUUUGGGAAAAGAGGUCACCUGGCACAAAGGCUGCAGGACUGUUCUUUGCACAAAGGCACCGUGCCAAGAGGAGAGAAUGCAGAAAGAGCAAAUUUUGUACUGCUGCCUUCUUCCAUAUGAGCCAUCCCAUCAAACUAUUGAUGUUUCAUUAAUAGUUUCAUCUUCUUCAGAAAGACCAGUAUUUUAAUUGCUCAUAUUGACACUAGCUAUUUUUUGUGACUUAAUAUUUUAAACCACCAUAAAAAGUCUACUUUGUUGUUUGACGUAUUCACUUUGCUGGGUGAAUUUUCUAUUCAUUCUUGUAAUAGACUUGAGUGCAAAAAUUAUUUCAUGGCUUGAUCUGUCAAAUAUAUACAUAUAUAUAUAUACACACACACACACACACACUGGUUUGGUUUAGACAUUGCUGGUCACACGACUUCAAUUUGUUGUAUUUUCAUGAUCACAAUUUUGCAUCAAAAGGAAGCAUUCAUUAUGUGGCACACUACCGAUGCAGGUAAAGUACACUUGCAUCAAUGUUUUCAUGUUGAACAGUAAAUACCAGGUCAAAGAGAGGAAAUGGAAUACUGUAGGCCAGGGGUUGUUGAGCAAAAAGCCAGAGAUUUGACCCUCUUUAAAAAGCUAUCCAGGUUUCACAGCUGAUGUUUCUUUCAUAAUUUAAAAGCUGAAAUGUAGAGAGAGACAUUUAACUUUCAAAUCAAAGCCCAACUUACCCUCUAGAACCACUUGAAUGCCUUGGACUACAGGGAUGACAAAAUUAUACCUUUAAGUAGAAAGAAUCAUAUUAGAUCAAAAAUCAAGAGUCAAGGACUCCUGGGAGUUAUUGGUUCACUGUGUCAAGACAGUUUCUGUAUCUGCAGCUGCAGCUACCAUGAAUUUUACAUCUUAUUAAAAUAUUAACCCCCAGCAUUAUGCAGCCUAUAGAUCUUGCUGAGCAAAUUGCUGCCCAUCACUUGUGUCCCCUCCUCAGCACAGGAAGGCAGAGCAGAGGGUCUCACAGGAAACAUGUCAGGCUGUUCCAUUGUUUGACAGUGGCUGUACAGUUAAGACACAAACAAUUUAAAGAACUUUUUGAGAUGAAACAAACCUACCCCUUUUUUCCCCCCUCAUUGAGACAAUGCUGACAACAGCAAAUUCUGUUUCAAUUUGGUGCCUACAAUCCACUUUAUAAGUUAAAGGAUUAAGGGUUGAAAUGAAUAUGAAAUAUUCCACUGAAUCUCUCAUUUUUUAACAUACUGGAAGCUACAGUGUUGUGGAGCGAGAUGCAGAAAAUUGGUCUGAGCUUUUCAAUCUGUAAAUGUCUUUGUAGUGAUGGAAACACUUCAAAUCUGGGAAUGUAAAGGGGAUACACUGAGAGUGCUACACAAUGAAGUCUUGCUCUUUGAAAAACAAAUACAAUGCAGCUGGUAGCAGUGCCAUUGGUGUUCCUGUUCACAAAACUUCACCUUUGAAUUUGGCUUUUGGUGAGUCACAAAUCUCUCUCCAGCUUCUUUUUUUUGAGGGGGGGGAAUCCCCAUGUUGGGAUGUUUCAAUUCACUUUUGCCCUACUUAUGAAAGCUUUUUGAAGUUCUGUAAGACUGAAAUGAAUUAAUUGUGUGGGGUCACUAUUAAUAAGCAAAAUACAAGGUUACAACAAGCUAUGCAAUCAUUUGCAAGCUUGCAAAAACAUUCUCCCACAUUUCCCUUUCAUUUAGCUAACAGUUUUUCAAUUUUUUUAAUGUGCAUUUUGAGCUCUAGGGCACACUUUUACCUAGAUUUUUCCUGGGACUCAAAAACUACUAAGUGAUGGAACUGACAGGAGCACUGCAAAGGAAAGGGAUUUCACAGGGCUUGUGACCAUUCAGAGAUUCUUUAAUGCUACUACACACAUCUGGCAAACCCAAAUUUUCAAUACACUACAGAAAUUUUACAGAAUCCCAUUCAAUCACUGGAAAUUUGAUUUUUCUACCAUUCCUACAAAUUAUUUGCAGCUGAUUCCAUGCAAUACAAGCAAAAAUCUUGUCCUUCAUAAUUAAUAAAAAAAACUUUAACUUUAAAACUGUUAAACAUUGAUGAUGUAGUGCUUUGGGCAGUAAAGUGCCCUUUCACAAGAGUAAAACACUCAAAUUGACUCAAGGAGUCUGCACCUUAGACCCUGAGAACGUGCAGGGACUGACAUUCAAACACUGGUUGCACAUGGCACAAUAAUUUGGAAGCCACACCCUGCCUUUUGCAAAGAAGGAGCAAAGUUUAAAAUUUAGUUGAAUACAGUGUAAACUUACCUUUCCUUGUAGAGGGACAGAACUCCUUGGAAUGGCACUUGUUUGGGUUGAGUUUGUUUUCCUUCUUUCAUGCACUGACUCCUGGCCCACUCUUACCUUGUAUCUCAUCUCUCUUUAGAACUCAUGAUUUAACAGGGUUAACAGAGGGAAAAAUCAACAAGGACAGACUAUGGGGAGUUAUGAAUUUAGAUUAAAAUUCAAAUUCAUUUAUUUUGCCACACUUGCAAAUUUUACACGUAGCUUAUUUAGGAAAUGGAGUUGCUAUUAGAAUGCAUAAAGCAGAAAAUUACCCUGACAGAGAGCAGGUUAGAUUGGAUAUUGGGAAAAAGUUCUUGACUGUGAGGGUGGUGAUGCACAGGCUGCCCUGUGAAGAAGCUGUGGCUGCCCCUGGAUGCCUGGAAAUGUUCCAGGCCAGGUUGGAUGGGACUUGGAGCAACCUGGUCCUGUGGAAGGUGUCCCUGCCCAUGGCAGAGUGUCUGGAACUGGAUGAUCUUUAAGGUCCCUUCCAAUCCAAAGCAUUUUGUGAUUAAGUAGGAAGAGGAGGAGGAAGAUUUUUGAGGAGCAAAGCAACAGCAAGUUAACUUGUAUAGAGAUGCAAACUAUCAGUGUUUUGAUUUUGGUGUUUCUUUCCAGGACCUUUAGGAAAGACAGUGGAUUUUAAGUGAUUUAACAGAGAUCUGUUGAGAACAGAACUGUCUAAACAAAACACUGGUAAACACAAAUAUUCUGGUUUAAACGUGUCACUGUAAGUGCUGUUAGCCAUUGCCUUGAACAAUUUUCCAGAAAAGCCUUUUCAGCAUCACAGAAGAUUACAGCACGCAACUUUUUACAAAACAGGACAGUUUAAUAAUUAGGGCAAAUAACAAGGGUCAGGAAAGGGAUGUGUCUGUUGAAAAAUAAAUCACUGAACCUGCUCACUGCUGCAAUAAGAAAGCCUACUAUGUGAUCUAUCAAUUAUGCAUUUAUAGGUCAGGGGGGUGUUGGGGCCUUUGUGAAUUCAUUGGAAGAGCAAAACCAAAGUUCCACCUGGAAGUGCACUUCCUCACCACAGCUGGUGAAAAUGUGAGCUCUGAAGCAUUUGAUUCUGGUCCUGUCAAGGUUUUUAUUGGCUGCAGCUGAACUGGGAUUGGAGCAAAAAAGGAGAUAACUGAUCACUUCAGGUAAUAAAAAGUAUAAUGCUCUGCCAAAUUCUUUACCACAAUGCUGUUGCCAAACCCAGUUCAGAGUAUUCUAUUGUUAUAAUGAUGCUCACUUCUGUUAACUGGAAUGCUUCAGUCUGAUCUGCCCUUAAAAGUUAUAUUUGAAAUUUGAAAAGCAUAGCAAAAUUCCUAAUCAUUCCUCAGAUUAUCAACUCUGAAUAAGAUUAAUUUAUUACCUGCAGCUUAUCAACAUUAUUUCUAGCUUUAAAUAAACCAUCAAAGGAAUAAAAAACCCCAAAAACAAGCAACAAACCAAACUUCUCUAUCCAUAGUCUCUCCUGCCAACAGAAGUUUUACUGCUGCUACCCUUGCUUGUUCCAUGUGUUACAGAGAACAGGAAGGAAAAUUAAAAGCCAUUUUCAAACACUUCAAGCAUGGUCUUUCCAUACUGUAAACAUCUUUCAAUUAAUUCCUGUCACUACAAAUUUAUCAUUUCCACAAUAAAGAACUUGCGUGUGUUUUCCUCUCAAAAAUCUUAAGCAGAUCUUCUCAAAUAACCUGCUCUUUAUUUAGGUCUUUUUGACUAUUUCCAGUCAUUUCUGAACUGUAUAAACAAUUACUUAAUCUUAUGAACAUAUUUCCCUCUACUCAUCUGUCAGAACAUCUUGAAUGCACUUGUCACUGGCUAUAUUUAAUUCUAACCUUGAUUUCAGGUGCUGUCAUAUUUUGGGUGAUGGGUAGCAAUAUUUUAAG